UCCUUAUCAUCUCUCUCUCUCUCUCUCUCUCUCUCUACAUAUAACAUAUUCCACCACCCCACUUCCAAGAAUCCAUUUCAAAUCCUGUUCUUCUGUUGCUGACACAAAACUUGCCACGUUUGAAAAGUUUCUCUUGCCAGCAUUGCAGGUUCUUUCUUUUGUUGGACUCCCACAUGGGUAGGCAUUCUUGCUGUUACAAGCAGAAAUUAAGGAAAGGGCUUUGGUCUCCUGAGGAAGAUGAGAAGCUACUGAAUUAUAUUACCAAGCAUGGACAUGGGUGUUGGAGCUCUGUCCCUAAAUUAGCAGGUUUGCAGAGGUGUGGAAAGAGCUGCAGGUUAAGGUGGAUUAACUACUUGAGGCCUGAUUUGAAGAGAGGAGCAUUUUCUCAGCAGGAAGAGAACUUGAUAAUUGAACUCCACGGAGUUCUUGGCAACAGAUGGUCUCAGAUUGCAGCACAGCUUCCAGGAAGGACUGAUAAUGAGAUAAAGAAUUUAUGGAACUCCUGCAUUAAAAAGAAGCUGAGUCAAAGAGGUAUUGACCCCAACACUCACAAACCUCUCUCUGAGGUUGAGAAUGAUUAUAAAGAGAAACAAUCCACAAACAACAAAAACAAUGAGAAAGCUUCUACUGUAUCUAAUGUUAAUGAACUGAAUCUCAUUGAGCCAGCAAAUUCAAAACCAUCUACUGUUUCUUCCAACUCCAAGAUCACCUCCAAUAAUGAUCACAACAGCAACUUGACACCCACCGCACUAACCCAAGAAUUCUUCCUAGAUAGGUUUGCUACCUCUUAUGAAAGCUCCACCACCAGUUGCAGGCCAUCUGAUUUGAUGGGGUAUUUCCCUUUCCAGAAGUUGAGUUAUAAGCCCACUAUGGGGCUUUCGGUUAAUCCAAAUACCAGUAUCUGCUUUAAUUCAAAUUGCUCCUCUUCUGAGAUAAUUUCUGAGUUCGAUUCUUGUAUGACACCAACUAUUCUCCCAUCCCUUUCAAGCUCAAUGUUUCAAACUCCUAUACGCGUAACGCCUUCGGUUAGUCUUCCAUCCGAUAAUCCUAAUUCUGUAGGCUCUUGUGAGGUCAGUGGGAUUCAGAAUUGGGAAGCCAGUAGCUUCAGUAACAAUGGCAGCAGCUGCAGCAAUGGAAGUAGUAGCAGUAUUGAACUGCAAAAUAACAGCACCUUCUUUGAGACCAACACCUUCUCCUGGGAGGAAGCUCACCUUCGCUCUGUUGAAAAUGACCAAGCUUUCAUCAAAUGGUCUGAAUAUCUGAGUACCCCAUUUCUUAUUGGAACUACUGCCGUACAGAACCAAACAUCUCGACCUAUGUACAGUGAAGUAAAACCAGAAACACACUUCAUAACAGAAGGGUCAAGUACUAGUUGGCAACAGAACCAUCACCAUCAUCAAUAUCAUCAUCAUCCACAAGCUUCCCAGCCAUCAAACAUCUAUGCCAAGGAUCUGCAGAGACUUGCAGUGGCUUUUGGACAAACCCUUUAGGUUGGUUAAUUUGUGUUUAAUUAACAUGUGCAGAGUCUAAUUCAAUUAUAGAAGAGUUUUUUCAGUUUGAGAUGGCUUGGGAAAAAGAUAUAUGUCUUCUUGCCACAGGUGUGUGUGCUAUAGGAUUUUUCUUUUCAUUUUGCAAAUGUGUUUGGUACAAAACUUUUUAGCUUUUUCAUUAUGUUUUAAGUAUUUGUGAUUAGCCAAAUUAAGCUUAUUGUAUUAUUACUUAUCCCUUUCCAUUGAAAACUGUAGAAUUUCUGAAUCA